AUUCACAGGUCUGUCUGCCAUCACAACCAGGAAGAAGUUUGUUCGGAAAUAGCAAUACCUGGUACAUCGGGUCAUACUCGGGACAUUUUUUUCUUGCUUUUAAAUCAGCUUCUCCUGUCCAGCAAUAGCAAGGGGGUCUGCUGAACGAAACUCAAGUUAAACCAGAACGAUGUGUUGCAAGGCGUUCUACAGGUUAUUUCCCAAGCGGUACUUCCUAGCAUUGCUGGGAUUCACCCUGCUGUGCCUUGGCUUUGGAAUGAGGACAGUCUUCAACUUGACAAUAGUCCACUUAGUCACUACCAAUGUCACUGACGGCAAUUGUCCCAAUAUGACUGGAGACUGGUGUAAGCUUCCGGCCGACCAGAUCAUCGUAUGGGACUCGGCGACCACCGGUAACGUGCUGUCCGCAUAUUACUACGGUUACGUCAUCACACAGAUUCCGGGGGGACUCUUGGCACAGCGAUACGCCGCGUACAAAGUAUUCGGUGGCUCAUUAUUUAUCUCGUUCCUGCUGUUCCUGAUUAUUCCCUUUACCAUGCACAUCCAUUGGUCCAUCCCAUUCACAGUCAGGGUGGUGCAAGGACUAGUCGAGGGAGCCACUAUGCCAGCCAUCAAUGGAGUCCUUGCGCAUUGGGCAAGGAGCAGCGAGAAGAGCCGCAUCCUUACAACGAUGACGUCAGGGGCAUAUCUUAGCGCUGCUGUCGGGCUUGGCCUGACCGGUGUCGUAACAUGCAGCACUGGCGACUGGAGGAAUAUAUUCUUCAUAUUCACUGGGGCAGGUGUGUUUGUCUGCAUUGUCUGGUUUAUCACCAUCAGAGAGAGUCCCACCAACGAUCCGGUCAUUGGAACCAUAGAGAAGACAAACUUCAUGAAGAGUAUCACAGGCAAGGCAAAGUCAGCUGGCGCAAAUCAGGCCCUAUCAACGCCAUGGAAGGCCAUCUUCACCAGUCCUCCAAUAUGGGCGAUAUUCGUAGCCAGUUUCUGCAGGUGCUGGAUUCUCUAUCUUCUCAUCACCGAACAACCACAGUACUUCAGAGACGCUUUUUGUUUGAAUCUGGAUACGCUCGGAGGUUUGUCCGCUCUCCCUCACAUCUGUAUGACUAUCGUGGUGCUCUUCGGUGGGAUUCUCGCAGAUACCCUAAUGAAGAAGAAGAUUCUGAGUCGGACCGCCACAAGGAAGAUAUUCAAUUGUGGUGGUUUUGGAAUAGAAGCCUGCUGCCUUCUCGGACUAAGUUUUAUUGGUACCAGCCAACAGUGGUCAGCUUUAGCCGUGUUGACAGUCGGAGUUGCUUUUAGUGGCUUCGCUAUCUCAGGUUACCAAGUUAAUCCGCAUGAUCUCGCUCCGGAAAGGGCGGGCCUGAUCGCUGGUAUCGUAAAAAUCGGCGGUAUCGCCGGAAUCAUCAUGCCUAACGUUGUCCAGUUAAUGACGAAAGGCCACACAAUACAAGAGUGGGCAAUUGUGUUCCAAAUGUCAGCAGGGAUCCAUCUUGGUGGGGUCCUCUUCUACGCCAUAUUCGCCUCUGGGAAGCGGCAGCCCUGGUCGGACACGCCGGAGCAUAAGACGCUAGUCAGCCAACCGGCAGAGGGAGGCCCCGAACAGAUCGCUGGUGAAAUAGACGCUUGGGGUGAUGACGAUGAGUCAACGUCCAUCCUGAAUGAUGGGUACAGGACGUCUGACACUCAGUGGUACAGUUCUAUCACGCAUUACUAGGCGUUGGAUGAUUUUUACUGGUUUCCGUCACAUUGCAGUUGAAAUCGUCUUCGAAAAUGGAGACCGCACGGCCUUGGUCUCUCAACAACGGAAUGCUGGAAUUGAUGUUCCACAAAUAGUAGGCAUGUUUUUGUACCGAUGGACGUAAUACUAUUAGGGAGUUUUAUAGUAAAUUAUCGAAAUUUGAGCAGACAAUGUCAUGAUAAAGUCGACAGCCGAUCGUACUUUUUCCCUUGAUAAUGUGUUCAGAACUUUUUUCCCUGAUACCGUGUUUAGAAGUAUGCCGUGUUCAGAAAUAUGCCGUACUCAACGUUUAUAAUAGAGAGGUUAAGAUUUUCGAUCCGAGAACGGGAACGAGGUGGUAUUUUGACGAUAGAUGUCGUAUUGCCUAUUGUCAGAAAUGAAAUGAAACAGUGUGUUUAUAAUGCCUGGUAUGCCUAAAAACAAUGAUGCAAAACAAUCAGUUUGACUUGAUGACGUCAACCAGAGAAAAAACCCACCUUGUUCUCUUUCUCGUUCUCGGAUCGAAAUCUUAACCUCUCUAUCGAUUCCCUCGGCCGUAGUAUUACGGGAUUCUAGACUUAAGCACUGUUCUCGAUUGAUAUAAUCUUUCAGUGGAAUAGAACAAUAAACUCUUUGGAACUUACCUUGGUAGAUUCUUAUAAUUAAGGGGAAAACAUUUUGAAGCUUUGACAACUAAUAACAUCCUUAUAGGCGAACUUGUGUCUUUAUGAUGUAAUUUAUACGUGUAUAUAAAUACAAUGUCAUUAGCUUGCUGUGAUGUCAUGUGAUGCGAAGUUUGAAAACCACUCUAUUGUACAUUUUACGAAAAAAAGCUUAAAAUGGCUACGAAAAGUUGAUGUCAGUAUUUUGCUUCGAUUGACUCGUCGUUGGUUUUGCUUUGUCUGAAUGAUAUUUUCAGAUAAUUCAGACUUUUAAGGUUUGAGACAAACUAGGAAAUUACUAGUUUGAGUCAUUUUGUGUUUUAAAAAAUUACCUCUGGAACAUUCUGCUGAUUUCAUAUAUUGCAUAAUGUACAUAUAUUCGUUAUAAUUGUACCUUGAAGGUAAACAUAGUCAUUACGUGAAGUAAAAAGUAAUUCAUUAUGUACCAUAUUGAUAAAAUACAGAUU